AUGGACCUGAUUGAGGGUAGAGUUCGGUAUCGGAAAGGAAAAAAGGUAAGCUGUAAAUCUUGAAUAAUGCUUUGUGCAUUUCAGUACUCAUUCAUAUUCUGUUUGUUGCAGUGGAAGAUUCGAUGGGCUGUUUUGAGACGGGUGAAUCCAGCGACUGGUAAGUUGUGCACGUUUUUAACUCAAAUAAUUUACACAAUGAUUUUCGUCGCAAACACAAAUUUUAAUAAUUGGGUUCUAUAGUGCAGCUGGUGGUGUCGCGGCCUGAUUUCUUUGUAAGGCAAAACGGCUGUUGUUUGAUGGGUUUCGUCGAGAGUGUUGCAUAAAUAAUUUGAGAAUCGGAGAACAUUAUUUAUCUCUGCGGUGCGGUCCGUUCAAUGAUUCUUCGUAAACGCAGCGGUGAGAUAUCGUCAAUUGAACAAUUUAAGAGCAUUUUCGACUGUCUGAGGUUGAGUUACUGAUAAUGCGACAGCGACACUGGUCAAGGACUCCCCUUGCUUUUAGUAAGACUAGUUCUCAUUUAUACUUCGAAUUUUUUCUUAUAUUCUGUGACCUUCUUCGGCGUCUAUUUGUGAAGCUCUCAAUGUCCGCGGGCGAGACAAAUUUGCGUGGAAUUAUCGCUCUAAGUGAGCCAACUAGACUUUUAAUGGGAAAGGUAACUGCAUACAUAAUAAUUCUCGUGAAACUUUUGUAUUAUUUUGUAUCUCGGAAUGCCGUUGUUUCAAUGAUCGCGUGUCCGUUGUAUACAUUGCAAUUUUGCUGCUUCACUCGCGCUUGAUAGAACAUUGAAAUCUGCAAGCUGUUGCCGCAUGCUGUCAGCGUUUUUUUUUUUUUGGAAAAAUUUUGCCACAUCUCGCCCUUUUUAAAAAGAAUCUUUGAGCUUUGAACGCAGUUGUAGGCGUCUGAUCUCUUUUUCCGCUUCCAAACAUUUGAUUUGCCUACCCUGUAUCAAUUAACCGCCCAACGGCAAGUUACGUCGAAAUCGCUCAGUAUAAAGUGGUAAAAGUCGUUGAAAAUUUGUUCGCUUCUAUUAUUUAUCACACUUAUGGGCUAAUUCAUUCAUUGUAGAUCACCAAAGCUAUUAUCUCACUCGUCACUAGUUUUAGAAUUAAUUCAAUGGAGUACUCAGCAUUGCUGAGAGACAAUCGCAAUAUUUAUACGAGCUAGGCUUUACGACAGCGCUUUCCAUUUCCUAUGUUGUUCUUUUAAUAUUGUCGCUGAAUUUGCUCAGUUGCGUGAUAAAGCGAAAUUUGGUGGCCAUCUAUUCGCUUCAAUAAUUACUUUGCGUUGUAAUAUCCUUCCGCUGUUUAAAACGUACUUGUCUAUCAGUCUCUAGUCAACGUAAAUAGCAGGGUUUUUUUUUUUUUAAGGAAGAAACAUAUCCCGGUGAUAAAAAUUUCUGCCUAAAAUAACCAUGAUACAUUCACUAUUUUUCGCUUUUCGCCUGCGUUUACUUUCGCCCACGUCGUGAUUGAAAAUAUAAGAUUUAUAGAAAAUAAAGCUGAACCCGCAGAACCUUUUUCUUCUGGUUUAAUUCUUUCAUGAAGGCUUUUUCUCAAUGAGGGAUACACACGACUUAAUUAUACUUAGUCUCAUGCAUACAUGAAUUUUAUUAUAUUUCUUUGUACACUGGUAAUAACACCACAUUAAUAUAAUAUCUUCUUCAAUAUUCUUUCUUUCUUAAUUUCGUCAUUGCGACUUGAGAAACUAUGAUUGAUGUUGUUGAUAGAAGUCCAAAUUGAUUUUUGAUCAUGUGAGCAUAAAACGAUACCGUAUUCAACUGUGACCGAACCAUAACAACAUCGGCUUCAAAAAUACAUUGUUUGUUGAAAGGCUUUGUAAAUGGAGGGUCUUGUCGACCAAAUACAGCUGCAAACACAUGUUUUGUUUGAAAACUUGGUAAUUAUUAUCACUCUACAUGACUCCUGGAUUUAAACAUGUGUUAAAAAAAAGUUGUGUUCCUGAAAUUGUGAAAUUAUAAGUAAUGUGGUAUAGCUGUAGCCCUUAAUGAGGAUAACUGAUCUGAAAUUACCAGUUAAGGCAUAACUUUCUGGCCAAACCACAAAGCAUAAUGACCUUUACUUAGAAAAAAAAAACGACAUUGGUUUUUUCUCUCUGUGUGUAACAUGUUUGUUGUUUAUUUUUGUGGAUUUUUUCUUCUUUACACAUAAUACACUCAUCUUGAUUCAGCUGUGUUUGUUUGUCAUUUAAGAUGAGGCUUUAUUUUUCUUUGAGCCCAUUCGUUUUCUUUGUAAUUUCUAAGAACUUUCCAAUUAAAGUGAAUUUUUAAUAGACAGGUGUUUACAUUGGCUUUUUAUAAUAGAAUAAUAUGUUGUGUUUUGGUGACUUACAUUUUUUAAUCUCAAAUAUUUUGUAUAUAAUAACUGAUAUUUUGGCAACAAGUGAUGAUUUUUUUCUUUGUAGUGUCACAGCUUACAAGAAAAUUGUAUUAAAAAAGUGUAAGAAAUUUUAGGCUUUGAUAGGGAUUGCAGGCUUACCUACUUGGGUGUUGCAGCCUAGUGAGCUACAAAGCCAGAAGUUGGGAGGGAACAAGAAUCUGUUCUCUUGCAAGAAAAUUGAACACAAUUAGGGUGUAUGAAGUAACAUGUAUUUUUACCUGUAAUCAAGAUAACAAGUGACAAAUUUAGCUUCACAGGCUAACUGCAUUUUAUGUCGUUGAAGCUAUCAAGUCAUUGUAUCUGUGUCAUUCUCACUGAUAAAGGCUUUUACAUUCUCUGAAUUGAUUUUUUUCCUUCCCUUGUAGAUGUGUUGAAUCUUGUGCUGUAUCCUGAUCGUCAUUCAGAUCAGACAAAUGCAGGAGCUCGUCAUAAGGCCCUGCUUUCCCUUAAGGGGUUUAGUGGAUUACAGGUGCUCAACAAGAUGGACAAACACUUCAAUGUGAUCGUCAUUAUAACAACAGAAGAGGUGAUUCCUCUAAGCUUUGAGACAAUAGAUCAAAGAGCAGACUGGCUGGCUCUGCUUCAAGGCCAUUUUGGGAAAGGUGAGUUUAAAAAAAAGAAAGAAAAAUGUAUAUCAAGGAUCGCAUCCGCAACUGGCUGCCAUCCAAAAGAAAAAGAAAUAAUCUGUAUUUUUAUGACCCUUGGCAUGCCCUUAGACACGAAACAAAAACUAUGUUAUUGAACAUAAAUGCCUCUUUAAUUUUCCUUAAAUCUGUUGUGUCUCUUCUAGGAGAUCCUAACUUCUUUUAAAUUGAAAAUGCGUUGAAAAGUCAGCCCCUAGAACAUUCUAAAUUGCAAUAAUUUGCAUGUUUUUUUUUUGUUGUGAACUAUUUAUAGCACAGUUCUCGAGUAGAUGACAGGAUUUAACUUGAUAUAUGUAACAAUUCUUAAGUUUCUCAUCAAAGAAGGUGUAAAAGUUGCCUGUUGAUGAUAAGCAUUUUGACCUUUUGACCCCUAAGAGUGACUGGCAUCUAAUUUCUCCCUAAAAUUUCACCCCUGAAUCAAACAUUCAGGUAAUGAGAAUCAAGGAAAUGAUCACCAACCAGAGAAGCUCUUGAUUCAUAAACAAGUUCUCCUUAUCAGCAACAUAGGAAACAUGUUAAAAACAGUAUGGAGAAUAUGCAUACUGAUCUUGGAGUGUAAAGAGUUAACCUGCCACAUUCUUAUGUAGAUACUGUUAUGUAAGAGGAUCAUAGCUAAUUUAGAAGUCACAAUGAAGAAUUCAGUUGAAAAUUGUUUAGGUUAAGAAUAUUACAGCUUUGAUUUGUGAUUAAUAUGUAUCCAAUUUGAAUUUGAAUGGAACACAACAGGACUCAAAAGGCAGAUGGUGUAUUUGAAGAACCAUUUGAUAUUUCCUUUUGAAAGAAAUUUGACUCUUAUAUUUUGUAAACAAUGAACAGCCACAGACUGAAUACCAGUAAAAAAAGUAAAACAACAUAUAAUGCUUAUGAAAAUAUAAAAAUUUGGAGAACAAGCCAUCACCAGUUUUACUGUUUAAGAAUUUUGAGAAGUUUGAAUCUUGUAUUUUAAUACCAAUAGAUCAUAGUGAGGGAAAAAUUUCCAGGUGAACAAGAUUGAUUUCUGCACUAGAUCAGGUUAAAUUUAAUUAAUUUGACAACGAUCACAUACUUUAGUGUCAUUUAAAGAAAGAUAAUUCCGAAGAAUGUACCCAGAUUGACCUUAAACUAACUUAUUUAACAUUUUUAGAAGAUUGCUAUACCUAAAUAUAAGACAGGUUAUUUGAUACAAGACGUUAAGUAUGUUGAUAUAAAAUUAUGUAACAUAAAUGUAGACAUUGUGAGAACCUGACUGUGGUGAUAUCACUUGUAAGGCAAGGUAAUGAAUUAAAAAGCCAAAAAAAAAAAUUCAGGCUCUAAUGGGAUUCAAACCAGUGCCUCAAACCAGUGCCUGAAACCCAUGCCUCUUAGAUACUAGUUCAAAGGCACACAUUGGGGGCUAGGUCAAUUAACCCUUUAACUCUCAAGAUUUCAUUAGUAAUUCUCUUUACUGUCCGUCUCACAAUUCUUUUGAUGCUAGUUUGGAGAAUUUGGAAUUGGAUCAACCAAUAAUCCCUUAAUUGAUAUUUUUCUUUAUUCUCAUUACUUGUCUGCUUGAUAUCAUACUGAUAGUGUAUGGAGAAAUUCUGCCUAGAUCACUUAUGGGACUUAAAGAGUUAAAAAAUUCUCUUACAAAUAAAUGAGGAAGUGUUAACACGGAAACUUAAUGGUCUGAUCUGAUUGAUCAGAUCUUUUGACAUUCCUUUAUGUGCAAAAUUUUAUUACAAGGUAGUGUCAGAAUGCUGAAAUAAUCAGAUUUUUUUGUGAAGCCUUUCACCUCUAGGGUCUCAAUUUAAGAUGUCUUCGUAGUGUGCCUUUGGGCUGUGACAAUUUGGAAGUAAAUCAAACAUUAUUGCCCACUUUGUAUUUGUCUUUAUUGUCAUUGCCUUGCUUGUGGAAAAUAUAUUGACAUUGGGAGGAGAGGUUAUUUUUUUGUCACUCAUGCACUCAUGGAACUAAAAGUUCCAAUGAAAAUGCAAAUUAAUAGAACUGAUUUCUAAGACUGAUAACAGUUGGAGCAAUUCAGAUGCUGGUGUCUGAAGUUGGAAGUUAAUUGUACCAUUUGUGUUGUUUCAUCCUCAGAAAAAUCCUUUGAGGGUAUUGUGCCACACAAGCAGAAGAUCAAAGCUGGAGAAGCUCACCUGCGCUUUUAUGCCACUUUCUUCUCUCUCACCAAGAAGGACAGCUAUCGUCUCAUUGGUCACUGGAAGUUUACAGCAUUACCCAAGUAUGGUGCUGUGGAAGCAGGUUUUGCCUUCCAGGCUAGCCAGGAGUCCCAAUCAGGGGAUAAACUUAUGACUUACUUCUUUGCCACUCGAGCUGGAAAGGAGAUACAUUCGUUAUUUGACAGUGUGUGCAGAGCAGGAGAGGUGGUUCCAGGUCAAGAAUGUCUAUCAGGUAUGCUGUUAAGCAUAAGGCUUUUUUGUAUGAUAAACUGAAUGAUACAUGCAAUUUGCUUGGUUCCUACUUAUGAUCUAUUGGAAGACAGACACAUAGGCGAUGUCACCAUGAACAAUAUUUUGCUUUUUCUAUCAUACAUAAUAAAGAGAUUUCCUUGUUGCCAUGGCUCUGUACAGUAAUAGAUUAUAGAGGAUGUCAAAAUGUGGUGAGGAUAUCAGUGACACACUUACCUGCGCUUCAUGUGUCACUUUUGUGUUUUUACAGAGCCAUGGUAACAGUAGUAAGGCAUAUAUGGUUUUAGCUGUAAGACACAGUGCUUGUGCUCUAAAUGAGCAGAGAACUAAAUAUGAGGGCCCAUAAAUCGAUUUUGGUUAAUAUAGAUUAUUUACCUUGUUGUUUUGGUGUUCUACAGAUAUCAAUUUAUAGUACUCAAAGAAUUGUCUCCCUUGAAAAUGUUUAAGUUCGUGCUUCCUUGUAUUUUGGGGUUUCAGUUAAAGAAACCAUCCAAUUAGAAUUCUGAUUUUUUUCCCCUGGAAUCAACAACAAAACAGACUUUUACUAAGAUUUUCGCGUUUGAAUUCGCGAAGAACACAAUGUUGUUUAUUAUCUCCAGCAGUUUUUUCCAUCAUGAGAAUCAAUACAAUCGUGAUAUCUGAAAUUACUGUCAAACGAACUUGUAGGACAAAAUGUUUAGCUCGGGAAAGUACUCACUUGAUUCUGUUCCUUCAGUAAGGUCUUUCCGACAAAAAGAGGUCCGGGCGCAUUGUUUCGUUUUUUGUUACCUCUAUUUCAAGACGAGACUCUUUUGAAAGAGCGGGGCAUAUUUUUGCUAAGUUUGUUCGGGUUGUUUCUGAAAAUCGAGAGAGUGAAAAUAAGCUAUUUAAAGGUUAAGAAAUUCUUUUCUGAUUCUCUUUUUCAGACUCAAGUCAGCCUGGCACCAGCGAGGAAGACGACAGGCGACCAGGGUUUCUCAGGCGCGCCUGGCUUCGAAUGAGCGGCAAGCGGUCGCAUAAAGGGAAAGCACCCAGACCAAGGAGCAUGAGCAUGCCAUCCUCAAGCCAGGGGAAGAAAAGCAAGGCUGAAAGUACCGAGCAGAGAUCUCCAAUAGAGGCAGAAAAGUAUUUGGUACGGAGAAAUGAGUCUGUACCCUCGAACAUAGGAGCUGGUCGAGAUCACGCCGAUAGUUUUAAUGAAGUAUUUUUGAAUGGCGAAAAAAAUGCUGCAGUCUCUCCCAAAAACCCACCCCCCGGUUACAAGAAUAUACCCGGGGUUACACCCGAGGGAUAUGAAGUAAUGGAACCGGCGGAUGACGAGGCCUUGACAGGUACCCCGCGCAAGAAAUCACAGGGGAAACGUCAGAGUGGACCGGAAAACGAUAAAAUUGAUGGCGUGGAAGGAUACGUCGAAGUAGAAGGAAGAGAUGAAGAACUACUUGAAAAAAUAAGGACAAACUCAUAUGCAAAGGAAAAACGCGGAGACUCUGUCGAGAGAACUUCCCGCGGGUCAGAGGGUGGGAAGAAGAAGUCCUCUGCUUCAGAGAAACGACAAAGCGAUCAAGUUGCAAACAUUGUUAUUAAAGAGGAGCAGGAGGAAGAGGAUGUGAGGAAAAAAUCCGAAAUUGAAAAUCAACGAGCGUCGAAAGGAGGAGGGCAGUGUCAAAUAAUUGUCACUCCUUGUACUGAAACCGACGAAGAAAAACUUGAAAAUGGAAGAGAAGAGAUGACGAAUAAUGACGACGUGUUUCUUCCAGAGGGAACUAAAACUGUACGUGACACAAGUGAUAAUGCUGAUAAAAAUCCUGACUACGUGAAUGGUGACAUUACACUUAACAAUGCAAGUGUGAAAGCGGUCGGAAAACAUGUGAAUGGAACCUCCGGUAGUGUGUCUACGCGUCGCGGUAUGAAGAACCCGCCAAGCCUUUCUCUUCAGCCAACCUCAACUGCUGGCAGUGCUGAGCACCUUUACGUGAAUUCGCCGAAAGUCGUCGAUUAUGUUAAUGUCAAAGGUGCCCGUGCAAGCCCUGGCGUGAGAUCCCGCGCGAAAACGGGCGUAGCAAAGACUGGUACGAGCAGUAAAUCAAAAUUGAACCCGUACGAAAUAUAUGAUGGCAACGAUGAUUCGAUUUACCACAGUGUGGAAUCGCUAAUGCCUUCACAUCCGGGCUAUCGGAAUGUCAUGAAUAACGAUCCCUCGCGAAGUCACAGUUUUGAAAACAUCGCCGGUCAUUCGUACGCAAACGUGAUGGGUGGGCUUCCCUCCUAUAAAAACAUGGGGCAUAUGGAUCGAAUGUACGUGAAUGUCGUUUCACAGCAGAAUCAGGGCAAUUUAAACUAUAUAAAACUGGACGGUGUAGAUUCGUUUCAAGGGGCCAGUCCUUUUGCGAGUACGUCGCCAAAAUCGGCCAAGCCGUCGAGCGAUUAUACUUGGAUCGACGAGCGAAAAACUAAACUUUUGGCGGACACAGCGAAAUUGCACUCUGAAAGAAGGCAGGAGAAUCUGCCGCGGGUCAUGAAGAAAUAAGUUUGUAAAUAGUUCUUACGAAAAAAAAGGUUCCAGCUCCCCGCAUGGCUUGGAGAAGACGUGGGAAAACGCGCGCGAAAAUGUACACGCAAUACUUAGGUGGGAAGCGGGACGCACGCGAGAAUCGUCUCUCCCCAAAAUCGUUAUUCCCCAGGCGGGGGUGGGGGGGUUGGGGGGAUUGCCCGUGUCCGUCUGAUUGGCUUCCCCACACACAGCGUCCUAUGGAAGGUGGCUAGUAAGCUUGAGAUUAUUUUUAUGUAGAGACAAAACAUUAAAUUCUCGAAACUAACAUUAGGAACUAUGAAGUAAAUAAUUAGAGAAAUAAACUCAUCGGUUUUUAUCUAGGAAAUUAUUAUCAUCGGAUCAAUGAUUAAGGAAUUUUUUUACCUAACAGUUGUGAAAGUUCUUGUUUUCCGCCUCAAAGGUCAAUCAGCUGUG